AUGGGCCUACAUGCCAUUGACCGGCCCAGCCCUGCUCUUUGCUUCACGAGCCCUUCGAGAGUCCUCCGCCGUCCUCUGCCGCCGCCGUCCGUUCUCGGCUCCGUUCUCGACCGAGUCCGCCGCCGUCAUCCGCCGCUGCGAUGCCUCGGUAUUACUGUGACUACUGCGACACCUACCUGACCCAUGACUCGCCAUCUGUCCGGAAGCAACACAAUGCUGGAUACAAACACAAGGCUAAUGUUCGAACCUACUAUCAGCAAUUUGAGGAGCAGCAAACUCAAAGUUUAAUUGAUCAAAGAAUCAAGGAGCAUCUUGGACAAGCUGCAGCUUUCCAGGCAGGUGCCCCUUUCAACCAACAUAUGCUCGCAUUCCCAGGAGCUGUAGCCCGCCCUCGUCUCCCAAUUCUGCCAACCCCUGGCAUGCCUCAUGGAUUCCCUCAAGCACCAUUGAUGCCAGGAGUUAGGCCCCCGAUUUUACCAGCUCCAGGUGUUCCAGGUUAUCCUGGUGCUCCACCAACCAUGCCGCAACCAGGCGCCCCACCUGGCUCCAUGCCACAACCAGGCGCCCCACCUGGCUCCAUGCCACAACCGGGCGCUCCACCUGGUUCUAUGCCGAUGCAGAUGGCCCCACUCCCAAGGCCUCCAACACUACCACCUCCAACAUCUGGAGUCCCAGGUGCCCCCAUUCCUAACAGUGCAGCACCUCCAGCCAUUUACCAAGCGAAUCCACCAGCACCUGCAGGUCCGACUUCUGGUGCUCCUCCAGCUCCACCAACUGCUCCACAGCCUGCAUUCUCCUAUGCUCUGCCAUCAGAGGGCAACCACUGAUUCUGUUCCUUAGUCUCAUUUACUUGGGAGGCAUAUGAAGUUGAUGUUGCCAGAAAGGCUUUGCUCCUUUGCAAUUUGAUGUUGCCGUCAUUUAACUGAGGCCAUUUCUGCCAGCUUGAAUUCAAGGGAUUGUUGAGAAAAACUUUCUGAGUGCUUGGGGCACUGUAUGCUAGUCGAUGUAGGUUAACUAUGUAAUCGACUUUCUAUAUCAAUUUCAAAAAAAAACGACGCUUGAAGGUGGAAACUGGGUUUCCUGUCAGAAAUUUAUGUGGCAUGGGAUGCUUGAACUCAAUAACACAUUUAUGUGUUAUAUGAUUCACCAGUAUUCAUGUUUUAUUAUUUUAUAUGAUUCACCAGUAUUCAUGUUUUA